CCGCAGCCCGGGUAGGGAUUUGAAAGAUUAAAAACUCCCGGUGGAGAGGGCGGCGGCGUUGAAUGUGUGGCGGAAGUGCUGGGGGCCGCGGCUCGGCGCGGGGUUGGGUGGCCGGCAGCGCCUCCACACCAUGAAUUACCCGGGUCACGGGUCCCCGCGGAGCCCCGAGCUUAACGGCCGGGGCAGCGACGGCGCUGCCUGGGAGCUGGGCUCGGAGGCGGAGCCGACGUUCGGUGGCAGCGUCUGCUGCUUCGACCACCUGCCCGGAGGGGACCCGGGCGACGGCGAGGUGCCCCUGGCCUUGCUCCGCGGGGAGCCCGGGCUGCAUUUGGCGCCGGGCGCGGAGGAGAACAACCACCACCUGGCGCUGGACCCCUGCCUCAGUGACGAGAACUAUGACUUCAGCUCGGCCGAGUCGGGCUCCUCGCUGCGCUUCUACAGCGAGGGCGAGAGCGGCGGUGGCGGCAGCUCCUCGUCCUUGCACCCGCCGCAGCAGCCGCUGCUGGUGCCGUCGAACUCGGGGGGCGGCGGGGCGGCGGGAGGAGGUCCUGGGGAGAGGAAACGCGCCCGGCCCUGCGGUGUGGCCUCCCGGCACCGCUACGAGGUAGUGACGGAGCUGGGCCCGGAGGAGGUGCGCUGGUUCUACAAGGAGGACAAGAAGACCUGGAAGCCCUUCAUCGGCUACGACUCCCUCCGCAUCGAGCUCGCCUUCCGAACGCUGCCGCAGGCCACGGGCGGCCGUCCCCAGGUGGAGGACCCCGACAGCGACCAUGUGUGCGGCCGGGCCUCCAGCUCCGGGGAGGACGACGAGGAUGACCGCGUCUGUGGCUUCUGCCCGCGCACGGCGAGGCACGAGCCCGAGAUGGAGGAGCUGGUGAACGUCGAGCGGGUGUGUGUGCGGGGCGGCCUCUACGAGGUGGAUGUGACCCAAGGAGAAUGCUACCCGGUGUACUGGAACCAGGCCGAUAAAAUACCAGUAAUGCGUGGACAGUGGUUUAUUGAUGGUACUUGGCAGCCUCUAGAAGAAGAAGAAAGUAAUUUAAUUGAGCAAGAACAUCUCAGGUGUUUUAGAGGUCAGCAGAUGCAGGAAAGUUUUGAUAUUGAAGUAUCAAAAUCCAUAGAUGGAAAAGAAGGCAGUGGGAUCAACUAUUCUGUUGUCUACCACCUCCCUCCCUUCUCCCUCCCUUCUCUGUUCAAAUGGAGAGGAUAUAAGGAGAGUACAGAUGCGGCAGGUCUUAAACGAAAGCGUUCCCAAGCUGUCCAUAGUUUCAAGUUGAGUCGAAACCAUGUGGACUGGCACAGUGUGGAUGAAGUGUAUCUUUAUAGUGAUGCAACAACAUCUAAAAUUGCAAGAACAGUUACCCAAAAACUGGGAUUUUCUAAAGCAUCAAGUAGUGGGACCAGACUUCAUAGAGGUUAUGUAGAAGAAGCCACGUUAGAAGACAAGCCAUCACAGACUACCCAUAUUGUAUUUGUUGUGCAUGGCAUUGGGCAGAAGAUGGACCAAGGAAGAAUUAUCAAAAAUACGGCCAUGAUGAGAGAGGCUGCUAGAAAAAUAGAAGAAAGGCAUUUUUCCAACCAUGCAACACAUGUUGAAUUUCUGCCUGUUGAGUGGCGGUCAAAACUUACUCUAGAUGGAGACACCGUUGACUCCAUUACUCCUGACAAAGUACGAGGUUUAAGGGAUAUGUUGAACAGCAGUGCAAUGGACAUAAUGUAUUAUACUAGCCCACUUUAUAGAGAUGAACUAGUUAAAGGCCUUCAGCAAGAGCUGAAUCGAUUAUAUUCCCUUUUCUGUUCUCGGAAUCCAGACUUUGAAGAAAAAGGGGGUAAAGUCUCAAUAGUGUCACAUUCUUUGGGAUGUGUAAUCACUUACGACAUAAUGACUGGCUGGAAUCCAGUUCGACUCUAUGAACAGUUGCUGCAGAAGGAAGAAGAGUUGCCCGAUGAACGAUGGAUGACCUAUGAGGAACGACAUCUUCUUGAUGAACUCUAUAUAACAAAACGACGGCUGAGAGAAAUAGAAGAACGGCUACAUGGAUUGAAGGCAUCAUCUAUGACACAAACACCUGCCUUAAAAUUUAAGGUUGAGAACUUCUUCUGCAUGGGAUCCCCAUUAGCAGUUUUUUUGGCAUUGCGUGGCAUUCGCCCAGGAAAUAGUGGAAGUCAAGACCACAUAUUGCCCCGAGAGAUUUGUAACCGGUUACUAAAUAUUUUUCAUCCAACAGAUCCAGUGGCUUAUAGAUUAGAACCAUUAAUACUGAAACACUACAGCAACAUUUCACCUGUCCAGAUCCACUGGUAUAAUACUUCCAAUCCUCUACCUUAUGAGCAUAUGAAGCCAAGCUUUCUCCACCCAGCAAAAGAACCUACCUCAGUUUCAGAGAAUGAAGGCAUUUCAACAAUACCAAGCCCUGUGACCUCGCCAGUCUUGUCCCGCCGGCACUAUGGAGAAUCUAUAACAAAUAUAGGCAAAGCAAGCAUAUUAGGAGCUGCUAGCAUUGGAAAGGGACUUGGAGGAAUGUUGUUCUCGAGAUUUGGACGUUCAUCUACAUCACAACCAUCUGAGACAUCAAAAGACUCAAUAGAAGAUGAGAAGAAGCCAGCUGCCUCACCUCCUACUACCACCGUGGCAACACAGACCUUUCCACAUAGCACUUCUGGCUUUCUUGAUUCUGCAUAUUUCAGACUUCAGGAAUCGUUCUUUAAUCUCCCACAACUUCUUUUUCCGGAAAAUGUAAUGCAGAAUAAAGAUAAUGCCCUCGUGGAAUUGGAUCACAGAAUUGAUUUUGAACUCAGAGAAGGCCUUGUGGAGAGCCGCUAUUGGUCAGCUGUCACGUCACAUACUGCCUAUUGGUCGUCUUUGGAUGUUGCCCUCUUUCUUUUAACCUUCAUGUACAAACAUGAGCACGAAAAUAAUGCAAAACCCGACUUAGAUACAAUCUGAACUCUUGAAGGACAUUAAUGGCCCAAAACUUGUUUUUUUCCUGUUAAAAUACGUAUGUGUGUCAAGCUAUGGAGAUUUCAGGUUUAAGUAUGUUUCAAUUUUGUUUCUGGCAAAAAAUAUUUGCAUUUAAAAGCACUUUAUUUUAUUUAAAAAACAAAGCAUUUUUUCACUCCAGAAGAAGUUAUUUACAGUUUUCAUCAUUUUAAUUAUGAGUGAAGAACCCCCAUGCAGAGAAUCAAGCAAGACCUGAACGUAAGGAAGGUUUGGGUAAACUGCAAGGUUACAAAUCACAAUCUAAUUUCUCCCAAAUAUAAAGGCAUAUUAAUGGGUUGAAUUUAAUGUAUUAACCAAAAUAUGUUAUAAAUCUAAAUGGUCAAAGUGUAGUGUAUUCUAUGUAAAGAUCAUGAAGUAUCAUUGUUUUAGAUUUCUAUGAAAGCUUCCAUUUCCACUGUUCCUUUGAAAGAAGAGUAUAACAUAUUUAAAGUGUUUUGAAUUUGUUUAGAAAACUAAUGCUAAAAAAGAAACAAUAUUUGAACUACUGUAUUUAUAAUUUAUUACCUCUGACUAAUUGCUUUAUUUCAAUGUAUGAAACAUUACUUUUUGUUAAUGUUUCCUUUGAACAAUUUAAGAACCACAUUUUUUUUCUAUGGUGUUAAGACCUUGUUUUCUCAGAACUUCAUCUUUGUACUCUUCAGAUGAAUAUGUAAACACUGUGGCAUACUUUUGAGUAUUUUUUUCAUUAAAAACGUAGUUUCACACAAAUAAUACUAGUUCAAUUAUUUUGAAAAAGUAUGAACUUUUUAUUAUGUCUCAUUUACCUCACUCAGCUAAAGUUUUCUAAACUUAACACAGAGUACUCCAUAAUAGGUAUAAUUAUUAACUUUAUUGGGAAAUUUAGUAAAUCUUUGGAGUAGGGAGUUUGACAACUAUUUUAAAUAUAUAAACAUCCAUGUGCCAAACAUCGUAUGUAAAGGGAUGGAGUGCCACUAACAAAAAAAAUUUUUUUUUGAAGUGUUUACGAAAACAUAAUUGAGACAUAAGACACAAUAGAUAAGGAUUCCAACACAUUGGGAGAGUUUUCCUCAGCUGUAAUUAUUUCCACAGUGCUUUUCAUCUGAGGAGCGCAAAGUGCUUUAAGAUUCAAUAAUCUAUGUAAUAGCUCCUUGAGGUAAGUAAAUGAAUGUUAUUCUCAUGUUACAUGUUAAUACACUAAGGCACCAAAACAUUUAAAGUGCCUUGAAUUAGCUUACAGAGCAAAUCAGAAGAACUCAGAUUGAAGCCAGACCAUAUUCUUUUCUAUCCUGUUCAGUGACUAAUAAUUCACAUGUUACCUCUUAGUAGUUUGCAAACAAUAAUAACAAGUUGCAAUUCAUAAUUUGGAGAAAUGACUGUGAAGCCAAUAUUUUACCCUAUUUGUCUUAUACAUUCUUGUGUUCUCACACAUAAAGGAGGAGUUAGAGGGAUCAGAAGCCCUCUCUGCCAUAACCAACCCUCACUUCUGAGUGGCUUCCAUUAGAUUCCACUUAAGGUGCUGUCUUUGCUUAUCUUACAAGGAUUUUUCUUAGCUUCCCAGUAAUCGUCAUCGAACUGGUUGUAAAGUUGGUCAGUUGCAUAUCUCACCUCCUCCUUUCUUUAUAAGAUAAUGGGAUCUGUGGCUUACUUGUAGGUUUUAUUCAGCACCAUCAGUCCUCUUGUCUAUUUUGGCCUUUCAUUGGAUUUGUUCAACAUAAAGCACUUCUUUUUAGUGUUUAAAAGAUCCCAAGGUUCCAUGACCAAAUAUGUGACUCACUAAGAAACCCUUGCUAUAAAAGGCUUUUGAUGACAUCUUAGCAAAGCUGAAGCAAUCUCUUGAAUUUAGAGAUUCCUGUGAACUCAGGUCAUUUUCAUACCCUGUUUAUUUCAUACGUCUAAUUUAGUUCUCAGGAAAAUUAAACUCGUAUGACUGUAUUAUUAAAGGUACUUGAGCAUAUGUUGCUGUGGGUGGUGUGACACUCAAAUGCCUAAGAGCUUUAGGGAAUUCAUUCUUCGCCACUAGAAUGUGAAGAGCUCUUUCUCCCUGAGAAGAGUGAAAGUCUAUCAAAACUUUCAUACUGAAUAAAAUUAUAUCCCCAUAACUAUAGGAGUAUAUCUGCUUCCCUUUUUUCAUACUGAGAAAACAAAAUCAAAGUUAGCCACAUGGAGUUUAUUUGAAUUCGUGAAAAGAGCAACACUCAAAACCCCCUUUUCAAAAUGAGAUCUUCUGGAUUACUGGACAGGUGUGUUGUUUUCAGUUCAUUACUUCAUCAAUAGAGAUGGUGAUUUUGAUUUCAUAGUCCUUGUUUCCAUGUCUCUGCAUGUUAUCAUAGAAUGUACUUGUAUAUACUCAAGUGAUAUACAGAGUAUGUGAAAUUCUGGUUUGAUUUAGAAGCUAAGUCAGUUACUGAGUAACAUUUUGGAACUUUAUUCCAGCAAGUACUAAAUUAGCCAAAAAGUUCUGUUUUUGAUACCAUUAAAAUUUUAUUCUCUA